AUGGGUUCGGAGGUUCCGCCUCUGCGAAUUCAGAAGGGCAGCAAUGGCACUUCGCCAUCCAAGCUGCCCCGAGUAACGAACCGUCCCUUGUCAGAGCUUAGUCCUAUGGCCAUUCGUAGGAACUCUCCAAGUUUUCCUCAAUCCAAGGGCAAACUAUUGAGCAACGAAAACUCCCACACCACGUCAUCUCCCUUCUCAACUAGUUCACCCCGAUUAUUCUGGCAGGGGCGAGAUCCCAAUUCCCCUGCCAGAGAAAAUCGCAACGGAUUCGAAAGUCCUCCACCAUCCCCGAACAAACGAUCCUCGAUUGAAAACUUGAAGAAGGCUUCCAGGGUGAAGAACAGCAGUAUGUUUGCCAUCGAGCAAAGCACUCACUAUGACCCUUCUCGCCCUGCCAUUCUCGACGGCCGUCCCCGGAGCAUGCAAUUUCCAAGACAACAAUCUCCAAUUCGUGGGCUCGAUGCGCUUCGUACGGAAAAUCCUGCACCGACCGAUAGCUCACCUACGCAAUCGCCAGCGAAGACACAACACGAAGAAACCAAAACAACCACCAAUAAUGUCACACCUCACUCGCCGAGGUGGCUCAAUAGCUCGCCCGCGAAAUCCUCUCUCUCCAAGAAGACUGGGGCGAACUUUAGACGGAGUGGGUUCAAUCCGGAGACAGGUAUUUGGGAAGAUGAGGAUGAUAUCCAGAACAAACAACUUCCUGCUGGCCGGGGGCUACAUCGUCACCAAAAGAGCGUCACUUUCGACCAAGCACCACCACAAGUCAAUGAAUAUGAAAUGACCACACCAGCACCCUCCUCUUGUGCAUCUGGUUCUCGCGAGGGCAGCUAUGAGUCCAUGGAGGACGAUGAUGAUGACGACGACGACGACGACGACAAGGAAGAGGAGGCCAGCUUUGAAAGAGGCUCUUCGAUGGAUCAUGAUGACAGCUUUGACGCAUCCCUAGAAGAUACAGAAAAGACCCCAGUUGUUCUUCCAGAAGAUUGGCGCUUUAUGAGCCCGGCCACGGCCAACACUGAUUUGGCUCGUCACGAAGAAGACGUUUUCGAGGAUGAUUGUGGCAGCCCUGCUCCGACUGCUCAACCUGGGACAUUGGCUUAUCGACCCCAUCAGACGAGUGCAAGUUCCGUCGAUUCGAAUGGACAAUCUCGUCCACUUCCACCAUUGCCACCUCCAGGCCUAGCUCAGAAAACGUCACGGUCUGACAGCCUGUCUGGCGCAUUUGAACGGAUGAGCCACUCUCAACGUUCUCUUCCCACCCCUCCAAUGGCCGCUACAAUUUCAAAGGCAGAUAUCCAGAAGAUGGGAACUUCAAGCUCUCUUUCUGCAGAAGAUCGAUUGAGAUUGAAUGCGCUUCAAGAACAGGAAAGAGAGCGCCGGAUGAGAAGAAUGGGUUCCAAAGAUCCGAGUACGGUUCGUGGCAACGACAUCGAGAAGAGCAUAAAUGGUGCUCGUGAAUCUGCGUCCGAGUUCUCUGAAUCAAGGAAUGCGACGCCACAGCUCUCGCGAGCCUCGGUCCUCCAAGGCUUGCGCCGUCAACUCGACCAGGACAGUCGAGAUAGCAGCGAGGAAAACUCGGACGAUUCCCAGGGGGGCGACCCAUCUUCCUUCGAUCCGGAUGUUCCAAUUCCAUCUUUGGAAGAUCCGACUCAGCCCAGAAUCAAGGAAGAAGAUACAGAGGAGCAGGACCUUUUCUCCAUCCCUGAUAUGUACAGUCAUCGGAUUGUCUCAGAAUCAGACGAGAGUGCUCAUCAGGAUGAUGACCUGACCAGCCAGUAUUCGCAAGUGUCUCUUGCUUCGUCGGCUCCGCUUGUGAGGGAUGAAGAACAAGACACUCCCAAAGCUCAGAGUCCAGUACGAGAAACGAACGCGAAGUUGUUGACAUCUGAACGAGUGUCGUUACCUGAGUUUGCUGAAUUUGGAAAGCCGGGCAGUUUCGACGUUGGUCUAGCCUCGUAUUUGACAGGCAAAGAAGAGAAGGCGAAGCUGGCUGCAGUGAGUCCCCCAAAGACGGAUCUCCCUGACCUCGCGGCGCUGCGCCAGUCCAUUCAACGAUCAUAUACUCCUGACAUUCAACAAAAACCAUAUCAGAGCCCAGUCGCCCUCGGAUAUGAAGAAGGGCCACCUGGGACUCCGGAUUCAGUUGUUCGACAUUCGACUGCAAGCCCUGGCUUUUUGAAUAAUCUGGAUACUGACACGACCGCAAAAGAGCAGCCGCUAGAAGCUGAGGGCGACAGAUCGAUCUCUCCCUCCGAAAGUGGUCCUGUCCUGGUCAGCGGAAAAGAAGAAUCUCCUAUAUCUCCUGUAUCGGCCGAGUCCAGCGACAAACCUGAGAGCUGGGUUGCAGAAUCCGCCGACAGAGCAGUAAUUGACGAAAAGGGUACGCAGUCUGACAGUACUGCUGCGGAGAACAAGCGUGUCAGCAGUUUGGUGCAACUUGAGAUCCCCCGCGACGACCUAGACGAUGGUCUUGGACUUGGCCUGGAGAAGGAAUUUGACCGCGUUGUGGAGGCCCAAAAGGUAGAGUUUGAACUCUCAUUGCAACGUCUUUAUUACCCUUUCAAUGGACGAUUCCCAUCGAGCGAGCUUCCUACAUCGAAGGUCCCUUGUGGAGCUCGUGCUCUGUCUAGGAAGGAAGGUGCUAAUUCCCCAAGUAGAAUCAUUGGUGAAGAAUCAUUUGCUAAUCGAUCUGGCCAUCGACAGAGAGGGUAUCUUAUGCGUCAGAAUACCAAGAUUGUCGUUGCUAGUGAACACGUCUCUCAGGAUGAGUGCAGAUCUCCCGGUCUUCCAGGCUCCAAUGGCGAUGGGUUGCUCGCACCUGAGGCCAAUCAGGUCCAUCCAUCACCUCGCAAGACAAGCCAACCAACAUGGACCGCUGAACCAUGGAAUGGCAAGAUCAGACGAAAGAGCAUCCGCGUGGGUGGUGAAAAGGCUGUGAGUAAGAGAAAGCUGAUCGAUGGUCCCGCGCCGCCUCUGCCAGGACAGGCAAGCAAUGCUCAAGAAACUCUGGAUAGUGUGGCAGAGGAUGAGAUGGGGGAAGAAGAUGACUGGGAGGAAGGUGCAGAACGCGGUCGACUCUUUGUCAAGGUUGUUGGUGUCAAGGAUUUGCAAAUGCCAUUCCCUCAGCAUGAGCGUACAUAUUUCGCCUUGACGCUCGAUAACGGUCUGCAUUGCGUGACAACUGCUUGGUUGGAUCUUGCUCAGAGUGCACCUAUUGGCCAGGAAUUCGAGCUGGUCGUUCUCAAUGACCUUGAAUUCCAACUCACUCUGCAGAUGAAAUUGGAAGAGCCCAAAAUCGAACGACCGCAGUCUCCUUCAAAGCCACCUACCCUGCCUAAGAAACAGGGUGCAUUCGGCAGAUUGUUUGGUUCACCAAAGAGGAAGAAAGAAAUGGAAAUGAGGGCCCAACAACAGGCGGCAGCGGUAAGGAGACCGGUCACCCCUCCAUCGGCGUACGAGCUGGUUCAAGGACUGGUUGCAAAGGACGGAUCAUUCGCUCGAGCCUAUGUUGCUCUUAGCGAGCACGAGAAACAAGCAUAUGGCAGGCCAUACACGGUGGACAUCACCUGUUUCAAUGAAUGGGCAUUGGAAGAAGUGCCUGUUGGCAGUUCACGAAGUAAGAAAGGUGUGACACAGCUUCAACGGCGCCCGCCUUACGAGAUUGGCAAACUCGAAUUGCAGCUGCUAUACGUACCAAAGCCAAAGGGAGCCCGGGAUGAAGAUAUGCCAAAGAGUAUGAAUGGUGCUGUACGUGCACUUCGAGAGGCCGAAGAACGGAUGCAGCAACAAGCGAAUAUCAAAAGCUUCGAAGGACAUUUGAGUCAGCAGGGCGGAGAUUGCCCGUAUUGGCGACGACGCUUCUUUAAACUCACCGGAACCAAACUAACAGCUUACCACGAAGCAACCCUUCAACCUCGUGCCACUAUCAACCUGGCCAAGGCGCAACGCCUGAUCGAUGACAGGACGGCUCUCACUCAAAAAGAGACAUCCACAAAGGGUGGUGGUCGACGAAAGAGUGGGUUUGCCGAAGAGGAAGAAGGUUACAUGUUCGUGGAAGAGGGAUUCCGGAUUCGGUUUGCAAAUGGAGAAGUCAUUGACUUUUAUGCGGAUUCGACGGCCGAAAAAGAUGAAUGGAUGCAGGCCCUCGCGCAGGUCGUGGGCAAGGCCGUUCAGAGUUCUUCUGCACCUGUUAAAGGCUGGACAGAGAUGGUUCUAAAACGAGAGAAGAAAAUGAAGGCAAAAGCAUCACAUAUGGCCCGACCCGGGUGCGGUCCUAUGCGAACCGACACGUAUCGUGCUGGGCCUUCCAUGAGUCAGGCCAACAGUCCUGUCAAAUCCACAGUCGGUCGGGAGGAGAUGCAUCGAAAGACAAAGACGGCAUGGGAUCGACUCACCACGCCCCAGUUAGUGCCGAUACCCGUCCUUGUCGUUGCUCCUCUGUAUUUUCUAUAUCUCUCCGCGACGACCUCGUCCAACAUCACUCCCCAGAAUCACCGUUCCUCGAUGCUCGCGUAUCCCUACGACUUCGCUCUCUUCCAUCCCGGCUACUUCUGCAGUACAUGUCGCCUCGCCAAGCCCGCUCGCUCUAAGCACUGUUCGCUUUGCAGAGCCUGUGUUCAGAAGCAGGACCAUCACUGCAUUUGGAUCAACAACUGUGUCGGCCGGAACAAUUAUCUCUGGUUCAACCUUUUGUUGGUCAGCAUCGCAAUUUUGUUAGCAUACGGUGCAACUCUCGGCUAUUUCAUCCUCGACGCCAAGUUACAGGAACGGUUUGUCCCCGCGGCUCUGACCAGAGGCAGUUUCACGGCGAAACGGUGGAGUACCAGGCUGGCAUGGGGGGAAUUUGCGCACUGCUGGGCUUGGGUUAUCAGCCUCGAAUGGCGUAUCGGAGCUGUCAUGAUGCUAGCCAUGAUGUCGUGUCCGCUUGCUUUGGGGUUCCUCGUCUACCACGUCUACUUGAUCUGGGCGGGAAUGACCACCAAUGAGAGUGCCAAAUGGAGUGACUGGAAAGAAGACAUCGCGGACGGUGUUGUCUUCAGGGCGGAAAUGAGCAAACUGAGACAAACUUAUCCACCUUUACCGGAAGAUGUCGAGCCUCGGGACGGAGAUAUCAGAUGGCCAACGGGUGUGCGAGCAAAAUGGUGGUUGUGUCGGACACAGGAUGGACAGCCGCCGAAGAUAAAAAUUGAGAAGCAUGAAGCCGGGCAGAAUGGUCAUGCUCAAGGGGAAGAAGUGGUCGAUGAGCGCUGGAUGAGGGUCAAGUCCAUUAGUGAGGUCGACAAUCUGUACGAUCUUGGAUUUUGGGACAAUCUGGUGGAUGGUCUGUUUAAUCGAGGCUGA